UGAAGUUGCCUAGUUAGAUUAGCUCGACGCUUUGUCCGUUAAGCUUGACCUUUUGUCGCGGGAGACGUUGCGAGUUUUAUUCGCUGUUGGACCGGCACAACCUUCGUUGGACGUCUACGGUUCCGGGCGAGGAGGUAUCUGCACAGCGGAUAACAUUUGCCAGUCGACGAACCUGCAGCUCUCUAAUCUUAUCGUAAAGCAUAUUAUCUACGCGAAAUUAACACCUAGAUCAAUAAUGGACGAGUGGGACGACAAUGAUUCGACGCCAGUAUCUACUGGAGAGUACACUGACGAGGGGCGCAGCUAUGGCAAGGGCCGUGGUUUCAAACCACGAAGUAGUAACAAUGAUGAAUGGGGAGGAGGAAGUACUAACGGAUUUGACAACGGAGGCGAUGGCGAGGACUCAGACAGACGCGGUGGGCGAGGUGGAGGCAGAGGACGUGGUGGCGGACGAGGCGGUGGUGGUUAUAGAGGUGGCCGUGAUGGUGGAAGCAGAUAUGGAAAUGGCGAUGAUGACACUAAUGGUGACGAGGGAGGAUCCCGCAGAGGAAGAGGCGGUGGCAGAGGUGGUCGUGGUGGAGGUAGAUAUGCAGAUGCAGAUGAGGAUGCUAAUGGCGAGGAUGGAGGAUCUCGCCGAGGAAGAGGGGGUGGCCGAGGUGGAGGUCGCGGCGGUAGGAGAGGAGAUGACGACAACGGUGGAGCCAGUGGCGGAGAAGAAGAUGGAGACCGACCAGCGCCUGUUGUCUACAUACCGCCUGAACCAUCAAAUGAAGAUGCAGACAUUUUUGGUACUGGCGUAGAGAUGGGGAUAAAUUUUGAUGCCUAUGACAAGAUAGAUGUGAGCGUCAGUGGCGAAAAUGCACCGCAACCUAUCAACACUUUCAACGAAGCUGACCUGAGAAGCCUCUUAUUGGACAACAUCAAAAAAUCAGGCUAUACAAAGCCAACGCCGAUUCAAAAGUACGCGAUCCCUAUCGUCAUGCAAAAACGAGAUUUAAUGGCUUGUGCACAAACCGGUUCUGGUAAAACCGCUGCGUUUAUGGUACCGAUUGUGAACACUCUAUUGAAUGAACCCAAAGAAUUGGUAGUUGAUAACUACCAUUGCGAACCACAAGCCGUCAUAGUCGCACCUACACGUGAGCUUGCUACGCAAAUCUUCGACCAAGCGAGAAAGUUCGCAAAAGAUUCCAUUCUGAAAUGUGUCAACAUUUACGGAGGGACUGCAACCAAUCACCAGAGAAAUCAAGUGCUUCGUGGCUGCCACAUUUUGGUUGCGACAACAGGCAGAUUAAUGGAUUUCGUCCAACGAGGAUGCGUAAAGUUCAAUUCUGUGCGCUUCUUUGUUCUUGAUGAAGCUGACCGGAUGUUAGACAUGGGUUUUAUAGGGGACAUCGAAAAGAUUUUGGAUGACGAAUCCAUGGUAAAAGAUCGACAAACGUUGAUGUUUUCUGCUACAUUUCCUGCUGCGAUACAAGAAUUGGCUGGCAGAUUCUUGGACAACUAUCUGUUCCUUGCUGUCGGUAUAAUUGGUGGAGCCUGUCAAGAUGUCGAGCAGAACUUUCACGAAGUUAACAAGUUUAAGAAACGAGAAAAGUUGAAAGAAAUCUUGGAAGCUGACAAAGAUAAAGGCGAGAUUCAACGUACGCUGGUAUUUGUGGAAAUGAAACGUACAGCAGAUUUCCUUGCGGCAUUUCUAUCGGACAACAAUUAUCCGACAACUUCUAUUCAUGGUGACCGUGAACAACGGGAGAGGGAGGACGCACUUCGCGAUUUUAAAUCCGGAAAAAUGCCGAUUUUGGUUGCAACGGCUGUCGCUGCCAGAGGUCUUGAUAUCAAAGGCGUAUCCCACGUCAUCAACUUUGACAUGCCUAAAGAAAUCGAUGAAUAUGUUCAUCGUAUUGGUCGUACUGGGCGUGUUGGGAAUCGCGGCCGUGCGACGAGUUUCUUUGACUCUGAAACAGAUUCCGGGAUCGUCGUUGAUCUAGUCAAGAUUUUGAAGCAAGCUAACCAACCGAUUCCAGCGUGGCUCGAAUCUGGUGGUGGAGGAGGCAGUUAUGCUCCAGGCAGAUCCAGCAAGUUUGGUGGCAGAGACGUUCGUAGAUUUGACAAUGACGGUGGAGAGGGGGACUUGUAUCCGGAGAGUGCGUACUCUUCAGCUCCUGCUGAAGCUGAAGAAGAAUGGUAGUGUGUGAUACAUACCAAAUGUGAUACUAGGAAUAUAAUCUGUAUUCCACGUUUGGUUCUAGCAAAUAAGUAUAAUUAGA